AUCCACGUCAAGGGUUGAAUCGACAAACACCAACCAAGGACCUUUUGUGACUGCUACGUCAACCUUCCCGUACAGAGAAUACUGCUGGAACCCAUCUAAGCAUAGCUGGCACUACCUUCAAGAUGGGACUUUCAAAGUUCCUUACGGCUUCUUUCUUGGCCUUGCGCCUUUUUUCCAACCCCGUGGCUGGACUCGACUUGUCCGCCGAAGUCAACUUGUCUGCUGCCGCAGAGACACAGGAUGCUAGUUCCAGCUACUGGGUUGCCGAUAUCAAACGUCAAGGAAUAGCGGCAUUUGGUGAACAAGACUACCAGGUCUUCCGCAACGUCAAGGACUUCGGUGCUAAAGGAGAUGGCACAACCGACGACACAGACGCCAUCAACAAGGCUGUUACAGAUGGCUCUAGCCGAUGUAUCGAGAAAUGCGAUUCCCGAACCAACGCGCCGGCUAUUGUAUACUUCCCUCCAGGUGUCUACAUCGUCAGCAAGCCAAUUAUCCAGACCUACUACACCCAAUUUAUUGGUGAUGCAGUCGAUAUCCCAACUCUGAAGGCGACUGCCGACUUCGUAGGCAUGGCGGUCAUUGACGCGAAUCCUUAUGACAACUCAGUCAACCCAGCUGUGAACUGGUACAUAAACCAGAACAAUUUCUUCCGCCAAGUUCGCAAUUUCAUCAUCGAUAUCAAGGACCAGCCGAUCGGUCAAGGCGCUGGUAUCCACUGGCAAGUUUCACAAGCCACCAGCUUGCAGAACAUCGUCUUCAACAUGAACCCUGAUACCAGUGAGGAAAACAAGCAGAAAGGCUUGUUUAUCGAGAAUGGCUCUGGAGGAUUCAUGACCGAUCUCGUUUUCAACGGCGGAGGUAUCGGAGCUGACAUCGGUAGCCAGCAGUACACAAGUCGCAACAUGACUUUCAACAACUGCAACACGGCCAUUCACAUGAUCUGGAGUUGGGUCUGGUUAAUGCACGAUAUAAAGAUCAACGGCGGAAAAGUCGGUAUUGACAUGACAGGUGGCGGUUUUGACAGCAUUACCGUCGGAUCAUUACUUCUCGUUGACAGCAAAAUCUCCAACGUUGAAGUUGGUGUCAGCACUCUUUACCAGACCAACCAACCGGACACUAACAACACCCUGAUCAUCGACAACGUGGACAUGACCGAAUCUGUUCCCACGGCUAUUCAAUACGCGAAAGAUAAGACUACUGUGGUUCCAGGUAAUCAAAAGAUCGUUGGGUUUGCCCAGGGCCGUCAGUAUACUGGAACCAGCGGCAAGGCAGUCCAGACAGCGAAAGACGGUGUCCGUAUGGCCCGCCCUCUUUUAGGUGAAGAUGGCAAGAUCUUCACCCGCGCUAAGCCUCAGUAUGAGGCCCUCUCGUCCAGCAGUUUCGUCAGCGUGAAGACGGCCGGCGCCAAAGGCGAUGGCCAAACCGAUGAUACUGCAGCAAUCCAGAAGAUCUUCGAUGAUGCUAAAGAAGGGGAUGUUAUUUACUUCGACCACGGUGCAUACCUGAUAACCGACACUGUUAAAGUCCCCAAGAACAUCAAAAUUACCGGAGAGAUGUGGCCGCUUCUUAUGGCGUCAGGUGAGAAGUUCGCUGACCAAACUAAGCCUGUUCCUGUUCUCCAAAUCGGCGAAGUCGGUGAGGUUGGCGAUGUUGAGAUGUCUGACCUGAUCCUCGAAACCAAGGGUUCUCUUCCUGGUGCUAUUCUCAUGCAGUGGAACUUGGCUGGAUCUCAGAACGGUGCGGCUGGUAUGUGGGACGUGCAUUUCCGCGUUGGUGGCACUGCCGGGACUGAGCUGCAAUCCGACAAGUGUACCAAGAACGAAAAUGUUACCACGACAGUCAACCCCGAGUGCAUGGGUGCCUUCAUGAUGCUACAUCUUACACAGACAGCCUCGGCGUACAUUGAGAACUGCUGGUUCUGGGUUGCUGAUCACGAGCUCGAUUUGGAGGAUCACAACCAGAUCAACAUCUUCAACGGCCGUGGUGUUCUCGUCGAGUCGCAAAAGCCUGUUUGGUUUUGGGGAACUGCUUCGGAACACAGCGUUCUAUACAACUACCAGUUCUCCAAUGCCCAGAACGUUUUCAUUGGUGUAGCUCAGACUGAGACUGCGUACUUCCAAGGUAACCCAGCUGCCCCUAGUGGCGCUACGGUCCUUGAAGGCUUUUUCGACCCAGAUUUUGAACAGUCAUGUGAUGGAUCGUCGAAGACUUGCGCUCGUACUUGGGGACUUCGCAUCACAAACUCAUCGUCGGUUUACCUCUACGGCGCUGGUUUAUACAGCUUUUUCGACAACUACGGCCAAAAGUGUGUAGACGAACAGAACUGCCAAGACAAUAUGCUCAGCAUCGAGGACUCCACUGGUAUUCACAUCCUUGGACUCAGCACUAAGGCCUCAGUGAAUAUGAUUACCGUCGAUGGCGAAGGGAUCGCCCUUGACAAAGACAACAGGAACACCUUCUGUGCUGCUCUUGCUGAAUUCGAAGUUGGCGCUGGACAAGAAUCGCAGCCAGAGACAGGCAACUCUGCAGGAACAUCGUCUACAUCGUCUGCUGCGACCUCGGCGACAGAGUCCGGAAGUGUACCGUCUAGCACUGCUACUGCAACCCCGACUGCAGGAUCUGGAUCGGGAUCAGGGUCUGAAUCUGGUUCUGGUUCUGGUUCUGGCUCUGGCUCUGGCUCUGGCUCUGGCUCUGGCUCUGGCUCUAAUUCUGGAUCUGGAUCAGGUUCUAGUUCAGGGUCGGGAUCAGGAUCAGGAUCAGGAUCAGUCGUUACCGAGAGCCAGACCGGGACUGCCCCGGCCUCGACGCCGACCAACGGAGACGUGACUUUCGCUACUUCAGCGACGGCAUCUGUAACGACAUUGCCAAUUCCUUCGGGAACCUCCGAUGGUGGUGCUGUCGAUAAUGGUGACGACGACUCUGUGGUGACGGUGACGAUUACGCAAACAAUUGUGGCGACGGGAACUUGCUCCCAGACGCCAUGAAGCGUGGUUCCUGGGGCUUG